GCAAUUCCGUCAUGUCUGUACAAAAGGUUGCGCUGGUCACCGCUGGCACCGCUGGCCUAGGAGCACAAAUUGCUCGCAUGUUGGCUCCUGACUUUCGUGUCGCUGUCAAUUACGCCAACAAUCAAUCGAGGGCCCAGACCCUGCUGAAGGAACUGGAAGCGAUUCCUAGCACAGCCUCGUCACAAGAAUCUCCUCGCUUUGAGGCCUUCCAAGCAGACGUAGGCGAUCGUCCAUCGAUUCAGAGCCUCGUGCAACAGACUGUGGCCAAGUUUGGUCGUCUCGAUGUAGUCGUUUCCAAUGCUGGCUGGACCCGGAUUACGAAUUUUGCCGACCUGGAGGAGGGAAUGAACGACGACGAUUGGGAUCGAUGCUAUCUCUACAAUGUCAAGGCACAUCUGUGGUUGAUGCAUGCGUCGAAAGAACAUCUCGAAAAGACCGAAGGGGCCUUUCUGACGACUGCCAGCGUUGCAGGUGUCAAGCCCAGCGGUAGCUCGCUCCCUUAUGCUGUGACCAAGGCUGCACUGGUGCAUCUCGCCAAAUCUUUGGCCAUCAUCUGCGCUCCGAAGAAGAUACGAGUCAACAGCGUCAGUCCAGGUCUGCUGUUAACGGAUUGGGGUAUGAAGUUUUCGGAAGAGCAGAGAGAGGCCUCAAGAGAUGCCUGCAAACUCAAGCGGCUAGCCACGAUCGAGGACGUGGCGCAACAAGUACGAGCGCUUGCGCUGAAUCAAAGCAUGACGGGGCAGAAUAUCGUAUUAGAUAGUGGUUUCUCCCUAUAGUUGCGUGAAGUCUCAUUCGACAAGGCUCCUACCACAAGCAAGGGGAUGGUGCCUCCUCGCGAUAUACCACAUGGUCAUCGGAAGCAACGGUACACCUCAGUGUGCUUUCUGCACGUUGGAAAUUACGCAAAGGUGCGUUUGCCCCUGCCGCAGUUUGCUGUGUAACCACGGAAGUCGGCCACCAUAGAAUACUUGUACAUAUCUGGAGCAAGGAAUGUAAAGUCAUAUAAAGAAG